AUUAAGUCACCAAAAACUGCUUCAAAGAAUUUUAUAAGACACAUUUGUAUUUCCAUCUCUUCUUUCCAGUGCCAACAGCAUGGAGAAGCAAGUUGAAGUUCGAAUGCAUGAGUGUAAUUUUGAAGCUCCAGCUUCUCCUCCAGGACCAGCGUGCGGAGGUCUCUUUAACAAAUUCAUGAAGAACUUGCUUCUAGCACUCACAAUUCUUGGUGUGAUUGUAGGCUCGGUGGCUGGUGUCCUUCUGCGUUAUGCAUCUCCACUUCAUCCAGAUAUUAUCAUGAUCAUCGCCUUCCCUGGUGAUAUUCUCAUGAGAAUGUUGAAGAUGGUGAUUUUGCCUCUGAUCAUCUCCAGUUUAAUCACAGGUCUGGCAGGUUUAGACGCCAAAUCUAGCGGUCGUCUCGGCACCAGAGCCAUGGUGUAUUACAUGACCACAACCAUCAUUGCAGCAGUGCUGGGGGUGCUUCUGGUGCUGGCUAUCCACCCGGGUCACCCCAAAAUAAAAUCCAACUUGGGAGAGGGCAAGAAGAACGAUGAUGUGUCCACAUUAGAUGCCUUUUUUGACCUUAUACGAAAUCUUUUUCCAGAGAAUUUAGUACAGGCCUGCUUUCAACAGAUCCAGACCGUUACAAAUAAAGUAGAGGUAUCAACACCUCAUCAUCAACAUUACCAUCAUCAUCAACAUCAUCCUCAUCGGUUUGGACGAAAUAGCACCAAGUGGGCAACAAAAUAUGUUAUGAAGAAAUCUCUCCAGUUCAAGAGUGGCAUGAAUGUCUUGGGGCUCAUUGGUUUCUUUGUGGCUUUUGGAAUCUGCAUGGGAAAGAUGGGUGAGAAAGCCAAGCUGCUGAUGGACUUCUUCAACAUUCUCAACGAAAUCGUCAUGAGACUUGUCGGCAUGAUUAUGUGGUAUUCUCCUGUUGGGAUUGGGUGCCUGAUCUGUGGCAAGAUUAUUUCAAUUAACGACCUGGAGAUGGUAGCCAAGCAGUUAGGGAUGUACAUGCUCACAGUCAUUGUGGGCCUCAUCAUCCAUGGUGGGAUCUUUCUCCCACUGAUAUAUUUUGUCAUUGUUCGAAAGAACCCUUUUACAUUUUUUAUGGGCAUAUUUCAAGCUUGGGUGACCGCAUUAGGAACAGCUUCCAGUGCUGGUACACUGCCUGUUACGUUUCGUUGCCUGGAGGAAAACUUGGGCAUUGAUAAAAGAGUUACUCGAUUUGUGCUUCCUGUUGGAGCGACCAUCAACAUGGAUGGUACAGCACUUUAUGAGGCGGUAGCAGCCAUUUUUAUCGCACAGAUGAAUGGAAUAAAACUUGACCCAGGUCAGGUUGUUACAGUCAGCCUCACAGCUACUCUUGCUAGUGUGGGAGCUGCCAGUAUUCCCAGUGCUGGCCUGGUUACCAUGCUGCUCAUCCUCACCGCUGUGGGACUGCCCACCCAAGACAUCAGCUUACUGGUCGCUGUUGACUGGCUUCUGGAUCGCUUCCGAACGUCAGUCAAUGUUAUUGGAGACUCGUAUGGAGCGGGCAUCGUGUACCACCUCACCAAAGAUGAGCUUGACACUUUUGAUGCCCAGCAGAUAAAAACAGAUGGCUUUGAGAUGACCAAAUCACAAUCCUCCUAUGAGAAUAACACAAACCAUGGUGUAUAUGCAUCGUACAACUCCUGUCCACAAGUACUAAUAGAUGACUGCAAGAUCAACUUGACCCCAAAUGGCUCCCCUGCUGUCUUUUCUGUUACUGAGGAGGACCCUUGGACACAAGAGUAA